UGCAUGCCAGCGAUGAAGUAGAAGGAUCAAAGCUUUUCUCUCAGCUCAGGUCAAAGCUGUCACCUUUGUAUUAACCCACUUCUCUUCUCUCCUCUCUCUCUACACUUGGUUCAAAUCCCCCUCUCUAUCUCUCUCUCUAGCUUACAGAGAAAGAGAGGGAGAAUGACGGUGUGAGAUACAAUAAAUACAUCAAGAGUGUAGAAAGAUUAAUGUUUGAUCCGUGCGCGACAGCAAUGGCCGGAUCUCCAUCUCUCGCCGGUGGAGAAAAGAAGCACUGGUGGCUUACCAAUAGAAAGAUUGUGGAGAAAUAUGUGAAGGAGGCAAGGAUUCUGAUUUCGAGUCGAGAACAGAGCGAGAUAGCUUCCGCUAUAAACCUUCUGGACACUGCCCUGACUCUUUCUCCUCGAUUCGAAUUAGCCCUGGAGUUAAAGGCUCGAUCUUUGCUUUAUCUCCGGCGAUUCAAGGACGUCGCCGAUAUGCUACAGGAUUGCAUUCCCAGUGUGAAGAUGGCAUCCGAUGAAGCCUCAUCAUCCUCGACUUCGUCGUCGUCGUCGUCAUCGGAUAACUCGUUGUCCAAGGAGAGGGUGAAGCUCCUCUCCUCCGGCGGGGGUGGUUCCGACGAGCCUGCUUUCAAGUGCUUCUCGCUCUCCGAUUUGAAGAAGAAGGUUGUAGCCGGGCUUUGCAGAAGCUGCGAAAGGGGAGGGCAAUGGAGGUACUUGGUUUUAGGCCAGGCUUGUUGCCAUUUGGGCCUAAUGGAGGACGCUUUGGUUUUGUUGCAGACGGGCAAACGCAUUGCCACCGAUGCCUUCCGUCGCGAGAGUAUUUGCUUGUCCGAUGACAGCUUUUCUUUCGCCAGAUUCCCGCUGGCCGGAGAGAUUUCCGCCGCCGGUACCCAGCCGCAACCGCCUCCAAUAACCGAUUCCGAAAGCAUUUCCCAGUUGCUCAGCCACAUCAAGCUGCUGCUCCGCCGCAGGACCGCCGCAAUCGCAGCCCUAAACGCCGGCCUCUAUUCCGAAGCCAUUCGAUACUUCUCCAAGAUCGUCGAUGGCCGUCGUGGGGCCCCUCAAGGCUUCCUGGCUGAAUGCUACAUGCAUCGAGCCUCCGCGUAUCGAUCCUCUGGUAGGAUUGCAGAAGCCAUAGCUGAUUGUAAUCGAACCCUAGCAUUGGACCCAUCCUGCAUUCAAGCUCUUAGUACUAGAGCUUCUCUGUUCGAGGCCAUUCGGUGUUUGCCCGAUAGCCUCCAUGAUCUCGAGCACUUGAAACUCUUGUACAAUUCAAUGCUGCGAGAUAGGAGAUUGCCCGGACCGGCAUGGAAGCGGCAGAAUGUUCAGUACAGGGAAAUCCCGGGGAGGCUCUGCUCGCUCGCUACAAAGAUUCAAGAACUGAAGCAAAGGGUUGCCUCGGGUGAGACCGGGAAUGUAGAUUACUAUUCCUUGAUUGGAUUAAGGCGAGGUUGUUCAAGAUCAGAACUUGAAAGAGCCCAUUUGCUGCUUACUCUCAGACAUAAGCCUGAUAAGUCCAGCAGCUUCAUCGAGAGGUGCGAAUAUGCUGAGGAGCGCGAUGUUGAAUCCGUGAGGGAGAGGGCGAAGAUGUCUGCAUUGUUGUUGUAUAGAUUAAUUCAGAGGGGUUAUACGAGCUUAAUGACAACCAUCAUUGAUGAAGAAGCUGCCGAGAAGCAGAGGAAGAAGGCUGCGGCUGCAUUGCAAGCAAUGCAACAAGAGGUUCAACAAGAAUCCAAAAUCAAACCAAUUAGCAGUUCUGAAUCCUCUGUUAGGAUUGAAAACAAUGGUACAGCCACCACGCCCCCAGGAUCAGUGUUUCAAGGCGUGUUCUGCCGAGACCUUGCAAUUGUCGGGAAUUUGCUAUCUCAAUCAGGGUUUAAUCGUCCGCUCCCUGUGAAAUACGAGGCGUUGAGCUGUUGAUUGAGAUUUUUCUGGUGGUGGAUAAGCAAAGAAUCUCAUGAUCAAUCUGGUGGAAAGUUUCUUUAUUUCUUUCUUUCUUUCAUGUGUUAAUGUUCUUCAACUGUUGGAGAAUCUGAUUCUGGAACAAAGACUGUACAAAUGGCAAAAAAUGCUCUACUUUGCCAUCCAGGAAAAUUUUGUUACCUACUGCAGUAGUAUCUUUCUUCUGUAAUUUUUUUUUUUUUUUUUAAUCUUUUUGUUCAUUUCUUCUUUCUCUUUUCUGUUUGUACAGAGUUAAAUUCAGCAUCCAAAUUUUCCCAGUUCUGAGGUUUUCCCUCCCCCCCUU